ACUGACCCACCGGUGCCACCAGAACGUCUCAACCGGAAUUCGAAUCCAUUGAAGACAGUCGCUCGUCCACUAGGUCUUAUUUAGGAGGCGCAGUAUCAAGCCUAGAAUUCGAAGUCUCCUAGUACUGCGAGAUGUCUCAGAAUACCUUUGCAGAUCCCAGUUUCUCCGCCGAGAAUUACAGGGCACAUCGUCCCAAGUACCCAGAGCAUCUUUACCGAGACAUCCUCCAGUUCCAUGACUCUCAAGGUGGUCAACGAAGGCACGCAGUCGAUCUAGGCUGUGGCCCUGGCAUAGUCUCCGAGGCUUUAACUUCUUACUUCGAUAAAGUAACUGGAGUGGAUCCCAGCCAAGGCAUGGUCGAGGUAGCCUCCAAAUCCAUCCCCGAAGGGCUCAAGGUUAAGUUGGAAUAUAAAGUUGGUUCCGCGGAGGAUAUCCCCGCGGAGCAUGGGUCAGUAGACCUUAUCACUGCUGGGACAGCUGCGCACUGGUUCGCCCCGGACUGGUGGUCCAGUGCAGAGAAGGUUCUCCGAUCAGGCGGGACGGUGGCUUUGUUUUCUGCAGGUCGGCCCUUCAUCGCUCCCAGUGCCCACCCAGAGGCGCAACGCCUCAACGCCAUAAUGCGAGAUGUUGUCAUGUCGGUCCUCAAAAACUAUUUCCAGAAAGGAAACGAGAUUGCCUUUGAUAUGUCAAGGGAGCUUGCUCUCCCACCUUCGGACACAGGCGUAUGGGGUCCUGUGGAGCGUAAGGUCUGGAACAACGACGAGGCUGCAGGUCAAGAAGAAAUAUAUAUGUCAGAGAAACUGACCAUACACCAGAUGAAGGCAAGAGCUAGAACGGGGAGCCCUGUACACCGAUGGGAGGCAGCCAAUCCAGAGAAAGUAGGCACUGCCGAAGAUCCUAUUGAGAAAGCUGCCGCCGCGGUCAAGGAGAUCACAGGCUGGAGCGAUGAGCAUGCUUUUGAGAUGGGAUACAGGCUUUCUUUGAUAAUGGUCAAGCGGCUCUAAUCCGUACUAUGUCUCUCGCUGUCAUGGGCCCGAGCGGGAACGUAUGAUCGCAGAAUGUGCCUUUAGGGCCGAGUGUCUAGAUACAAUGCAAUAUGAAGCAAUCAUUAAUGUAGAUAUUACCUUCGC